AUGGAAACCCAAGUCUUAUCACUCUUCACUCAUCACCUCUUCCGUCUUUGCUCGAAAUCUGCAGAAGGUCUACCUGUACAGCUAGUGACCAUCAUGAAUCUCAUCUUGACUGAAUGUCUCACUGCAUCUCGUGUGGCGGCAUGGCAAAAAAAGAUGAGGAGCCACCCGAAACAUAACAUGACAGAAGCCCGCGCUAGCCACCAACACCCGACUCUCCCGCAACAGCAACACCACCCGUCACCUGUGGGCCAAGAAAUCCAAGGGUCCUCCGUGCCUCCCAGGCUGCCCCCCGAAUCUGGAUUUCUGCUCGUGCCAUCGUUGCAAGUCGGAAACUCCCAGUUCCUAGUCGGCGGGCCCAACCGAACCAAGCACAGCCUCAUUGCGAUCCUGCUCUCGCCAUUUUCCAUCCAUGAUCCAGCUCUCACUCUUCUCUUGCUCUCUCUCUCUCUCACUCUUUCGUCCCUCGCGCCGAGGUCCUGGAGGCUGGAGCUUCACCUCGACAUGGACCUAAAUUGCGCUCCUCUCCAGCCGCAACCUCACAAGCCCCGGUCCUUGCUUAAGCAAAGCAUUCCCGAGCUCUCCCAACAUGAGGAGUACCAAAAGCAACUCUCUCUCUGCCUUGUGCCUCAGACCUUGAAUGGCUUGGAUGCUUCCCCAGCCCGCAACCGUGCUUCAACUUCGCCUCAACAGAGACUGACUGACCUGACAGGUCGCACUCGCAGCACGUCCAAGCAAGUUGGCAACAGCCUCGAGUCGGAGCACGGCGGACCACUGGAACUGACACGCGGCGGAAAGACAGACGACCCAUCCGCAUCGUCGGGAGGAGAGGGUGUGCCCAUGCCCUUCUCCCAUUGGUCUCUCAGAAACGCGAUACCGCUGAUAAGAGAUUUGGCGAGCAGGGGGCCACCUGAGCCCGGCAGGGGAACCUGGAACCUCGACUUUUCGACACUUUCACCCCCUGGCACGUUCUGCCGUUCUGAUGUCUUAUCGGAUAAGAUAAGGUACGUAUCUUCCUCUCCUCCCCUCUCCCCUCCUCUCCGCCCGCCAGCCCUGCCACCUCCCUUUCUGGCCUGA